ACGAAAAUCAAAACACGGUACCGAAAACAGUCAGGUGAUCAGGGGUUUCAGUUACUCGAAUCACAUUUGUACGGUUGGAGUGAUCAUCCUACAAACGCAAGCAACAACAGCACAAUCAACCACAAGAAUGCCACCAGAGCCAAAAGAAACAAAGCGGGCACCCACUGCAUCGACCACGGACGUCGCUUCGUCGGACGCGGAGCAGGCGACCGACGCUAGUGAUGCCUCUGCCGACGAGGAGCUGGACGAAUUGGGCGAGCUGGAUCCUUCCAGCGCCGAGUUCCACUCGAUCAACGAGAGCCUCGAUUCGCUUAGCUCCGCCCUGGACAUCAUCGAGCAGAAGAACGACUCGCUGCGCGAGCAGUUGCUGCAGUUGCUCCAGUCGCAGCGCGAAACUCUUAAAUCGUUCAAGGAGGAAAACGGUCGGAACGACGAUGGUGAUGCUGGCGAGCAACCAACCGGCGCACCAAAAGAGUGUGCGGAAGGCCGACAACCACCAGCGGUCGAACCGAUGGAACAGUCCUAACAUGCUACCAGCGCCAACCGUUAGCAUUAAUGUUUUUCC